AAAAUAGGCAAUAAAUACAAGUACUUAGUCAUUUAAUUUCUUGGUCUGUAUACGAACUUGAGGGGUCAGUAAUAAUCCAUGCUUUUUACUCACUAAACGUCUAAAAUCUUACAUUUUAGCCAAAACAUUACCCAUUAGUUUACAGCACAUUUUUCAGAGAGCAAACACAAAGGGUUUGCACUAGCAGCCAUAAUCAGGUGCAAAAGGUCCUGAAUGUAGGUAAUAGAGGUCAAUGACAGUCAAAGAGAUGAAUCUUUAACUGAGAACUGAGACAAAAAUUAGUUAGUAUAAUAAAUGCCAAUUUGAACUACCCUCUCCUGUCUGUGAUAUUUUUAAACACACAGAAAGGACAAAGCCAUUUGUUAUCCAAGCAGUUUCUAAUAACUAGGUUCAAAGUCUCAAGUCUCAAACUACUAAUAGAACGCUGUCCAAGGGGGGCCCCUUGAUACUGAUGUGGAUUCUCCCAAUUUGCUUAACUCUCUUGAGUCGUUCCUUUCACUUUUCUGCUACACUCUGCACUCUGCACCUCCCUUUCUCUCUCUCCCUCUCUACUUGUUUGCUGCCAACACAUCUUCCAAUUUAUGUACCUCUCUUCUCUUCCUUCAGGCUAUACGCCAUGGCAAGAAAAGCACCACUCUACCCUGGAAAAUAAGCAAAACCCUUCUUCCUUUUUUCAUCUUUUCGCUUUCUGCUUCACUUUGCUUUUCUCUCUCUCGCCUUGCUUCUCCACAAGUUGAUAAAGUUUCUUCAGAGGACUGCCAUCCAGAUCUCAGUUAACUUUCAUUAAUUUCUGCCACCUAGUUUUCUCUUUUAGAUGGGGAAUGACUUUAAGGGGUGAUAUGAUAUGCAUUCAUGGCUUCACUUAAUUCAUAUCAUUACUACACAACCACCUCCUUGCUCAUCGUACUUUUGCUGCACAAUUUUCUCUCUCUAGUUUCUGCCUCCAAUCACCCUCACACUGCAAUCUCUCCAAGAGAAUUGUUAUUUGAGGAGAAAAACAGGCUAGGUUCCAUUCCUCCAAGCUGUCACAACAAGUGCAAUGAUUGUCAUCCAUGCAUGGCAGUUCAAGUGCCCACUUUGCCUAGUCAUGACUCUAACCCUCCAGAUCUUACCAAAACUUCUGCCAUGGCAACUUUUUUUAACCCUUCUUCUCCCCAAGGUAACAGGUACUCCAACUACAAGCCAUUGGGGUGGAAAUGCCAUUGUGGCGACCACUUCUUCAACCCUUAAAACUUCUAAAAUGGAAAUUGGCACUCCUAUUUUUUGUUUGUUAAAUUCAUAUUUUCUUGUUUAGGGGUCAGCUAGGGUAACAGAUUUGCUAUCACUUGCGUCAGCAUGGAUAGUAUACAUUGGAGUUUGAUACACUUGUACAGAGUUUGUUACAGACCUGAAUUCCAACUUUUAUUAUUAUUAUUAUUAUUAUUAUUAUUAUUAUUAUGCAAAAUUUUGAGAAAAUUUUGCUGUUGUUGCUUUUGUGUCUGUUUCUUGAGGGGUUCCUUAUAAUUGGCUAAGGAUUAAUUGCUAAUUUUGUAUCCAACAAGAAGAGACAGGAAGUGGGGUUUUGUCUUGUCCAUUGCUAAGGUGUUUUCUACUCUCAUUUCUUCUGAAUCCGUCUUAUAACCUUUUUUCUCUUAUCUUGGAAUUUUCAUUGCCUUCUUACUAGACACAA